AUGGUGCGCGUGCCCGGAUCUUUUGGGGACUCCGGAUUUCACCGUGAGUCCGUAGAAGAUGCGCAAGUGAAGAAAAAACCAGGGGAAGAGGCGUCGUCGGAUAUCGGAUCGCCGAAGACGCUGCUGAACAAAACGAGAUCCGCGGAUCGACAGAGUGGUCGGAGGACUUCUGUUGACGGAAUCGAGGGCGAUCUGGAGACAGAUCUAGAAGCCAAACCUCAGCAUCCUCCCCAGGUCCCUUCGGGGACCCCGGUGGAUCUUGGUGCGAACCGAGAUUCACCA